AUAAGCUUAUCAGGAUUUGUCUUGGUGCAAUGCUGGGACUUUGGAAGCCAUUUUUAGUUUCUUUUUAAAUAUCAGAAGUGUAUAAAAACAGGCGAACUUUCGGUAAUUCCGGUGAAUCGUCUAGGCUCCUUUGUAGAGCCAAUCAACUGUCUAGUGGAGACUGAGACUGUAAAUCAUGUCUACGUCGCCCACUGAGAGGGACCUGCUCUUACCGCCACCUUACUCGGAUGUACAUGUAAAUGUAGACAGUCACCAUAGCCGCCCGAACCAUUCCUAUAAACAAAAAACCCUGCGAUACAUCGGCGUCCUGCAUAUAGUCGUGGGGUUGAUCUUUUUUGCCCUAGGCAUCUGUUUUGCCAUUGAUCUACCGGCGUUCUUUAAAACCGAUCACAACAACCCUCCCUGGCCACCUACCACGAGAUAUCCUGACUUUAACCCCAGUUCGAUUAAUGCGCGUUGGUGGAUGGUGCUUUCUGGUGGAUUUUUGUUCAUCAUCACUGGAUUGUUUGGAGUAAUAGCCAAAAGAAGAAGUACAUGCUUGAUCGGUUUCUACAUGACUGCAUCAGCUGUAUCUGCCUUGGCUGCCUUUGGCCCGUUAUUAAUCUUCUCACUGUCUGAUAUGAGAAAUGUCAGUGGAGCUUUCGACAAAGAUUGGACAUAUACCCCGGCGUGGACUGUGCUAAUAAGUAUGUAUGUGAUCAUGGUUUCACUGGCCGUACUCGAGGGAAUGUUGUCACUGACAUCCUUCAUACUCUGUGCCUUAAACGUGUGUCACUGUUGUGAAAAGCGCGAGAUGCCGGCGCCGAUGCCAGUUAACGCCGCGCCUGCACGGCCGGAAAGUCGAGGGCCGAAUGCACCUCCGCCAGAAAUCUAAUUCCAGUAUACUAUU